CAUACGAACAGAUAGACGACUAGUCAGCCAGUCAGUCAGUGAAGAACGAACGAGCCUGCGAUGUAAUCGUGCAAUUCCGGACCGGAAUUUCCAAGUCGACUCUAGUCGAAGAACAACAGAGGGACCUUCCCCACAUGGUUGGCCAACUCCAAGGGUUUUCAAGACGGUGACGACAACGACGACUACAGAAUUCGGAUAUACUGUUCAAUGGAUUUGAGCUGAGAUGGCGAGGACGAAGGGUGGAGGUCAAUUGAUCGACCGCAGAUAGCUUUGGAAUUGCUCCCCUCGUCAAUAAAGCAAGAAGAAAUUGAUUCUCGGCCCACGAAACUAUCUGCACUACCUCAAGACUUCCAUUACCGUCACAUUCUCAUCAUCUUGGAAAACUCAACUUCCCACGGAUGCAAUCCUCUCUCUCUUUCCUCCUCCACCACUGUUCCUUCGCAGGCUUCCUCCAAUUCCAGGGAGUCGGCAACAACCAUUACGGAUACGAUUUGUUGUUCUUGCAUUAUUCAUUGAAACCACUCAAGACUGACUGACCCAACGAUCGUCAGAAGGCGUUGUUCAUUCGUUCGGGCCGAGGAAUGCUCAGGAUUAUCUUUCAAUGGAAGAAUCGAAUGGUUUUUACUCAUGCUCAACUCGACGAGACUGACACCGACGUGGAACAUGUCAUCAAGCUUUGGAGAGAAUACGACCCGUUCUCUAACUAGCAGUCGUUACGCCUGAACAAGAAACAUCAUUUCGAACGUGUACCAUGUCUGCUUAAUAAUGCAGAUGUUCUAAAUAGUGUGUUGUGGAAAGUUGUGCCACAAGUGUGAUUCCAACCCGAAUUUAUGGCUUCUCGUGUCUGAAAUCCUACAAUGCUUGUGAAAGAAGACAAGGAUAUCAUCGUCAGUGCGCCCUCAGUAGUUCUAACAGAGUCGUCACUCUCCUCCUCAGACUCGUCGUGUUCCAGGUCCACUUCAGCGGAUAUUGAGGAUCAAACUUUUUCCCGAACACAAGACGGCACAAUGAAGGCUGUGAGGAGCGAAGAGAAUCCCCCUCCCAAGAGACCCGAGAGAAGAAAAGGCUCCACCAACAAGAAGGUCAAGAUGACCUUGGCCAUAAAGGGCAUACACCGACCAGGAGAUGGACAUUUGGAACAAGAGAAUACAGCGCCACUCAAAACGCAACAUCCCACGUCGCUUGGCCAACAAUCUAAGGAGGAUCAAGACCAAGGGAUCGGUAUGAGUAUGAAGCUCAAAGAACACGAAGGGGACCAAACUAGCAGACUCCGUCAUAUUAUAAAUUCAGAAAGAACCGGGAACACAAAGGUAGAUCAUGCUAGCCAAACUCUUGAACCCCGGCCACUUCAAACGAUUUCGGAAGGCAAGAAGUCUCCCUCAAUUUCCUUUUUUGCCAGGGGUUCUCUUUUGGUGAGCUCUGUCAGAAACAGUUUCCGGAACAUGGCCAAAAAGAAGACCCCCUUUCAGCAUCUAGAUAAUGCUCAUCCCUCGACUAGUCUGACAUUGGAUGGCCACGCGAACGAUUCUGGCAUUAACGACCUCUCUAUCAAAGGAAGGGCGGUCCCACCCCAACCCCAAGCAAUCACAAGAGGGGCCUCAGCCUCCAUCACCACCACUAAAACCUCUUGCAAUGAGAGUCAAGAUUCUGGCUUGGGAGAAGAAUCAGAUUUCGACCCGGCCAGUCACAGCUCGUUGGUGCGGACUCCAACGCCAAUUACGGUGACCACCACGCAAACAUCCUCACUCAGGAAGAUCAGUUCCGUCUCGUCAAGUGUGAGCGGAGGGGCAGUGGUAAAAAAGCAUGUCAUUAUUCGAGAACCAAGUUUAUCCAUCUUGCCAAGCUCUCGCAAGCGACGCGUGGCUCGUUUGGAGACGGUGCGGAUCUAUCCUCGUGCCACUCGAUUGCCGAGUAUCGCCAAGACUGGGACAGUCUCGCCUAUUUGGGACCAACUCAACCAAUCGGCUUGUGCCGAGGUCCUCCGAGCCAUUCCCUUGGGUGACAGCUUCACUAUCAAGCUCAUGUUCAGUCCUGAUCGAGCUCAAACCCGAGACGAUGUUCAGGACUUGGAUACGAUUGAUGACAUUGCUAGGCUCAUUCUCACCGUCUAUCGAGUCCUGUUCUAUGAAUGGAUCCAACGAAAGCGCACCACUCAUUUGGCUAUUAUCUUGCAUUGUGUUCAGCAUUUUCUUGUCACUAUGGUGGACUUGGCCUCCCAUAUGGAUGUGGACGAUCGCUUGAGAUUCGCUCGAAUUUGUGGGGAUCUCGUUCGAGAAUCGGAAAUGGGGCGCUAUAAAGAUUUGGGCGCGGUCUUGUUACAAACCAGGACGGUCUAUAUCGACUUAUGGUGUGCCAUGCUAUGUCUGCCAACCCUGAGCCCUUUGGAAUCGCCCUCGCUGUCUGAAGUGAGAAAACGUUUAAUGAAGCAGAGGCGAUCUUUCUUUGGGCAGGAUGAUUAAAGAUUACACUCAGCAACAUUAUUUUUAAAUUACGAAAUCAUGAAUGGUUGAUAGUGCUCUAAAUUAGAACUGUCUUCGACUCGACCAUAAUUGUCAGACCUUGGCCAUCGAGCUAUCAUUAUCCACCAAAAAACUCAUUUUGAAACAACGCACCGAAUCCAAUCGAAACGUUCAUGCAAAUUUCCGGUCUUGUUCUUGGAGUACACAUGUACGUACCCGGUAUAACGUAUAAAAUGAUUCAUAUUUCGUCACACUCUCGCUGAAGACGUGCCAUAAAAUCGUAUUAAAUGUGAUAUUCUAAGGUCUAAGCA